UAAAGCUUGACGUGGCAUCAUCAGUGGAGCAGCAGCACUGUCAAUCUCCGCCUUUCUCCGCGCUGCAUGAAUCGGUCAAGCGCGAUUUAAACGCUGUUUUAUGGGUUGUAAGCUGCAUUAAUACCGCGGAUCAGACAUGUUUACGUUCACGGAGCUCGUGCUGCUGCUCUGCGCGCUGUCCUACACCGCGUCCGGUUAUUUCGUGAGCAUCGACGCGCACGCGGAGGAGUGUUUCUAUGAGCGCGUGAACUCGGGCACGAAGAUGGGCCUGAUGUUUGAAGUGGCGGAGGGCGGAUUUCUGGACAUCGACGUGGAGAUAACAGGGCCAGAUGGGAAGCAGAUCUAUAAAGGAGAUCGUGAGUCUAGUGGGAAGUACUCUGUGGCCGCUCAUAUGGACGGAACCUACAAGUUCUGCUUCAGCAACAAGAUGUCCACCAUGACCCCUAAAAUUGUGAUGUUUACUGUUGACAUCGGCGAGGCACCCAAAGGACAGGACAUGGAGACGGAGGGUGGUGGUGACAGCUGGGAUGCACAUCAGAACAAGCUUGAGGAGAUGAUUAACGAGCUGGCGGUUGCCAUGACGGCGGUCAAACAUGAGCAGGAGUACAUGGAGGUUCGAGAGAGAAUACACCGUGCAAUCAAUGACAACACAAACAGCAGGGUGGUGCUGUGGUCGUUCUUUGAAGCUCUGGUGCUGGUGGCCAUGACCCUCGGACAGAUUUACUACCUGAAGAGAUUCUUUGAAGUGCGACGAGUCGUAUAACAUCCCGUCUGUGUUCAUCUACGCAACCACAUUGAGUCGUGAUUUACCAGUUUUACAAACUGCACAUCCAAUUCAGCAGAGAAGCGGAAGAACCUGGUUGUUCGCUAGUCCAUCAGUCAUUAUCUUUGUUUUUGUUUUUAUUUGCCCCAAUUGUAGAUAUCAUCUUUGUUUGAUUUUGGGUAAAAUGUGGAAUUUCAGUUAUGAUUUAUAAAAUCUUUGAUUUUGUUUAAGCUCAACUUUGGUCCAAUUUAAUUUGAAGCAUAAUUUUUAUUUAUGGCUUUGUGGUGGUA